AUGCUUUUGGUAGUGAUACUCACCUGCCUCACUGACAUCGCCAAGUCACUACCCCUUCUCGAGUCCUCACUUUGUUGUUGUGGAUGCAUUAGCGAUCCAUGUCCGGUAGUUGAACCAUCCUGCCCUGCACCUAAGGAAGAAUGCAGGUCGCUCACGGAUCUCAAGUGCACAGAUCUUCAGAGACUAUUAGAGAAACCCGUUGCCGGUGAUAUCAAAGGAAACUCGACUAAGGAAGAGGAAAACGAUUCGAAAAGUGAAAACACAACAGCGUCGCAAGGUCACGUCAGGCUGGUAACUAACAAUGGGUUGGCAAUCUUUGAAACAGGAAGUGCAGGAAGGAGAGAAUGGAAAGAAGUUGUUUCGCCAAAAAUACCGAUUGAAGUGCAUUCGAGAAUAAUUCCCCAAAUGUUGCUCAGCCCUCUUUCGUUUCAAGGUAGCACAGUGCACAGAGUGAUGAAUUUCUCAUCCUUCCAAGGUGGAAGCCAAGGUCCACUUCCGCUCCACCAAAACGAUGAUAUCUCUACCACCAGCAGCAAGGUGAGCAACAACAAAACUGCCUUCGAAAAACUAGAAGCAAUGGUAGCAGAACUACAGCAAAUGCUUCACCAGCUGAAACACAGCGUGAUGGACAGAGCGAAUGAGAGAUCCGAUGUCUCGAUCCAAGCAGAAGCAGCACCAUCGAUGGAUCCAGUCGCUGAAGAAUUGGAGAAGAAAGCUAUUGACGAUGUUAUCACUCGAAUGCGAGGAUCUUUUCAGAAGUUUUCGCCAGGAUCUAAGCCAGUGAAUGAGGUGGAUUCCUCUGUAUCGGCCGCAGUUAUUGACGUUCAGUCACCGCUCAAAUAUACACCUCCACAUAUUCGUGCAAAACGAGCUACUAAGGAUGGUGGCAACUGCAAUGAUACUAAGUUAAAAGAGCUUAUUCUUAAGAACAUUGAAAAGGAUGCCCAAACUUCUAAACGUGCGAUCCAGAAAGAAGCAGAAUCCGAAUAUGGAGGCACAUUUAACGUCAUAUGUAGCCCAUGUGAAUUUUCUUUCGUGAUCAGUUCGCAGAAAUACUGUGACGGCUUCAAGGAUCAGAUUGCUUGCUUCGUGUUUCUUCAACCGCCUACAACACUCACUUCCCAAUAG